AUGGGUGUCUGUGCUUCAUGCCUGGGUGGCAACCGCCACGAAUCUCCCGAGCCUGAAUCUUCGCGACUUCUCGAAGAUGACCCCUACCAGGCGGGAUACGGCUACGGAGCUCUCAACCAUGCUCAGCAGGCCAACCAGCCGGAUCCGGAAUACGUGAGGCGAGAGCGGGAGGCUCUGGAUGCUAUCUGUCAACGGACUUCUGACUCCGUCAUUGACAUUUGGUCCCUCCAACCACAACCUCACCUGCAACCCCAGGCAACCCUCCACGGCCCGACCUCCGCAUCUGCAUCUCCAACCCCCGAAGAGGGUUCACAGCUCACUGUAUCUGCCGAUAAUAUUUCUCAACGGAGUCGUCCUUCAUCCGGCGGCACUGUUCCAAAACAUUGGGGCGAGGUCGUCGUCAACCCAAGCAAGAAGCGCUCCCGCCAAGAUUUAACCACCGGCAACGAUUCGGCCCGCGAUGUCCGCGAUGUCCGUGAUGUUCGUGAUGUCCGCGAUGUCUUCGGUGUGCUCAAGGUCAAUUAA